UUGUCGUGUUGCCAUGGUAACGGUUCAGAGAACUGCGGGUGUAUAUUUAUACCUCUCCCAAUGUAAACAAAUAGACUGUCAUACGCAUAGAUUGUUCCGCGCGUUUAUGGAUUCCGUUGUAGCCCUGACAUCCUGCGAGUAAUUGGUCAGGUCAACUUGGCCCUAACCUCUCAUAAUUAAAACAACAUGUAAAUAUUGAUGAUUUCCAACGUCAGCAGAGGCAUACAUCAAAGUCUUCAAUGAACGCUUUAUCUGAGGGAGUAAAUAAAGAGGCGUUCAGCGUAAAGAUUAUAAAGCACUUCGUGGUAGAUGGAAUCGUCUCUAUAGAAUUGCAGUAAUUAAAGGAAGGAAAAAAAUAAUAAGGCUUGAAAUUACUAAACGUUAAAAUGUUUCGUUUGUACGUUCGUUGGGCAGAAUUAUCAAACAUUGACAAGAACAAUUAUACUAUAUUUAUUUUAAGCCUCGUGUGUGAUUCGUGUUAACGCCAUUGGAUUAGGCUGGACCGUACUCUGACCAGGCCUGAAUAACCACACUAAGAAUGUCAUGAACAGCAACUAUACUGACCAUCAGCACUUUUCGGAGUUGACCAGCGUUAAGAUCGUGCUCUCUUUCUUUGCUGUGUUCGUGUCGGUGAUGACGCUGAUCUGCAACACCCUCCUCAUCUACGUCAUCGUGCGUAGCCGCGUGCUGCAGACGCCGACCAACAUCUUCAUCGCCUCCCUGGCCGUCGGCGAGAUCCUCACUGGAAUUUUCGCCAUACCUUUCGCAGCGGCUAGUGUGGUGGCCGAGGCCUGGCCUUUUUCAGUAACAGUCUGCGAGGUGACGGCCAGCUUCCGGACAAUGGGGAGGAGCUCCAGCAGCUACAGCCUGAUGGCGGUUUGUCUGGACAGGUGCGUGGCGGUCAGCCGUCCCCUGAGGUACAACCAUAUUUUGACUGCCACGACCUCCUGCGUCAUACUCGCCUGCAUCUGGCUGAUAGGCUUGACCAUGGCCGUGCUGCCACUGAACUAUUGGGGCUCCUAUCAAUUUGAUGGAUCCUACUACCUCUGCAUACUGGUCAACUCUCAGGGGUCCGCGCAGCACCUGGUCAAAGAGAUUGUCUGUAGCUUCAUUCCAGCCACAUUCAUCGUAAUCUUCAUUUUACAGAUCAUCCGUGAGGUCAAGUCCCACCACCGCAUCUUUUCAGUCGUCCCACUUCCGGUAGCUUCCGAUUCCGCCCCAGCAGGGAAUAUUCUACAGGGCGUUAUCCCUGGGGCGCGAGGUUUUAAUCGGAACACAACCAGGGCGAUGAGAUCUCUGUUUUUGGUGACGUUUGGGUACGCCGUGUUCUGCCUUCCGGCGUCCGUAGUAAACAUUAGUUAUCAGGACAAAGGGUGGCCAUCUACCAUCCCUAGGAAGGCGGUGACCUGUAUCGUCUGGAUGUCUUUCUUCUGCUGUGUCGUCAACCCUAUUAUUAUCAUCUUACUGAACAGAAAGUUUAGAGCACAGUUAAAAAUUAUGUUUCGGCCAAGGCCGGGUAAACAGCUAGUCACCAAGAAAGUCUUCACCAUUUCAUCCGGGCUUCACAUCGUCCUUGACGCCACCCUGGUUCUCAACUUGGCGAAAAAUGAGCACAGUUCCACGACAGCGUCAGGCAGACGACAGAUCCUGGGAGUGGUUCAGGCGAUGCAGUGAUCUUGGUAUAGAACUCGGCACGCUCAAUAAUUGCUAUCAUUAGAAAUACUGUUUAUCUCGGGACUACGUGAUCUAAACGGCUGUCCUCCGUAACGAUUGAAAAGCACGAUAGUCGUGAUCGACAACCUUCAAGUGGCAAAAAAUAAAAGUAGAUCUAGAAUCUAGCUAAUGAUGUGGAAAAAAACUGCUGUAAAUUAGAUAUGCUUGAAUUAUAAAUAAAUAACAUAGGUCCUACUAAUGAGAUAUAAGUUUAAACAACUGUAAAUUUAAAAACAAAAUGCAUUUUAUUUGAAACAUAACAAGAGGGAUGUAGCCCAGUAGCGGCCAUUGGCGGUGGCAAGUGGGGUAAACGCCCCAGCCCCGUGCCUCAAGGGGGCCCCGCGAUUGGAGAUUUUAUAGUCACAAACGUGAUCACUACACAUUUUCCUAAUAAAAUCCGAUUGGACGUUGAUGUUUAUAUACAAAAUAACCUCUUUGGAUUGGUUGCUUCCGCCUAAGUGUUUUAUAGGCUACUGUGUAUAGGCAUCGUGCGGCCAUGGAAGUAAUUUUUUUGUAACUUGAAAGAAAAAUAUUUUAUGCAGAAUAAUUACAAAACAGUAUAUAAUGCACUUCAGCGGCCAAUAGUAGGCCAACAGUACCAAAGUAAUGCUCUAUGUUUUGUAACAAAAAAAAGGCCCACAGCGUUAGAGGCGGACAUAAUGAAUUGUUAUUGUUACAGCGUUAGAGACGGAUUGGUCCGUUAGCGUGAGUGGCACGGUAUAUAAAGUCUACCCUCACGGCUCAUGGCACAAGACACUCGCCCAGGGCCCCCGCGCACUGCUAAGGCC